AUGGAUUCAAUUGCUAUUGCACCAAUUCGGCGUGGUGACAACCAAGGCUCGACCCAAAGCCAGAAUGCCAGACCCAUCGCUGAGAUUAUGCGCGAAGACUCGCCCACGCCGCCCGGAAACUUCGCUUUCACGCCUUACCAGCUACACCAGCUGUUGACUUUGCGCAGUCUUGAAGCUCUCGAAUACUUUGGCGGCAUCCAUGGCCUUGCUGCUGGCCUUCGUACCGACACGGCAGCUGGUCUCAGCGCCGACGAGACCAAUCUUGAUGGCUCCGUCACAUUCGACGAAGCUGUGACCGCUGGCCGAGAGGGUCGUCCUCCCGUACCCCAGGCCGUCCAAGCAUCGUCGGCUAACCAUGCUCACCACCAUUCUUUGCGUCUCGGAGACGGGCCGGAUCCCCAUUUUGCCGAUCGGAAAAGAACAUUCGGAGCGAAUCGACUGCCUCGCAGGAAACAAAAGUCCUUUCUCAAACUCAUGUGGAUUGCUUUCAAUGACAAGCUUCUCAUACUUCUCACAAUAUCUGCCUCCAUAUCCUUAGCCAUUGGCAUUUACCAAUCCGUGAGCGCCGAAGAGGGAACUUCCAACAUUGAGUGGGUCGACGGCGUUACUGUUGUCAUUGCUAUCGUUAUCAUUGUUCUUGCAAGCGCUGCCAAUGACUGGCAGAAGAAUCACAAGUUUGAAAAGCUGAACCAGCGUAAAAAGCAUCGCGAAGUCACCGUUUUCAGAUCUGGAAGAGCACAGCUCAUAUCGCUAACAGAAGUCAACGUCGGAGAUGUAAUGCAUCUUGAAGCAGGAGAAGUGGUGGCCGUGGAUGGCGUGCUCAUUCAGGCUUCUGGUCUUCACAUCAACGAGUCUUCGAUUUCUGGUGAAUCUGGAAUGGUACACAAGACCGUGCCCGGAGAUCACGGCGCCUCUCAUGCCGUAGAUGCUGACCCAUUCAUCCUGAGCGGCACUACUAUCUCUCGAGGUGUUGGUCGCUAUCUUGUCACAUCGGUUGGCGCCAACUCUACCUAUGGAAGAACCCUUAUGUCCCUACGUGAGGACGUUGAGGAGACACCACUUCAAGCCAAGCUGGGUCGCCUGGGCAAGCAGCUCAUCGUUUUUGGCGCCAUCGUCGGCACCGUUUUCUUCUUCAUCUUGUUCAUUCGAUAUUUGGUGCAGCUCAAGGACAUGGCAAACAAGGGACCGUCUAAUAAAGCCGAGGCAUUCUUCCACAUUCUCAUAUUGUCUAUUACUGUCGUCAUCAUAACAGUUCCCGAAGGUCUAGCAUUGAAUGUCACCGUCGCGCUGGCGUUUGCCACCACUCGUAUGCUUCGAGAUAACAACCUGGUGCGACUCAUUCGUUCUUGCGAAGUAAUGGGCAACGCUACUUGCGUCUGUUCUGAUAAAACUGGCACUCUUACGCAGAAUGCCAUGACCGUUGUUGCUGGCCGUAUUGGUCUUGACGGCACCUUUGAUGAUACAGACUCCACGGCUGGCGCUGGGCAUGCUCGGCCAGAAACUGCCAUCAUUCGAGAUGAAGGCUCCGCCAAACUUGUCAAUCGCAUGUCGCCUGAAGUUAAGGACCUCAUAAAAGACAGCAUUGCGCUCAAUUCGACCGCUUUCGAGAGUGACGACUCCAAGAUCGCAGAAUAUUUCGGGUCCAGUACCGAAACCGCUCUGUUGAAAUUCAGUCGAGACCAUUUGGGCAUGGGACUGUUAAGAGCCGAGAGGGCUAACAACCCUGUGCUCACCAUGCUUCCAUUUGAGUCGUCCCGAAAGUGGAUGGCAGUGCUCGUGCGGCUUCCCAACGGGAGAUACAGACUAUUGGUUAAGGGUGCCGCUGAGAUUGUUUUUGAAUAUUGCGCUUAUGUUUUGGAAGACCACACAUAUCAACUCACGACCGCCCGGCUGCUAGAAGAUGACAGACCUGGCUACCGGGAAACCAUUCAAGACUAUGCGAAUAAAAUGUUGCGUCCGGUAGCUAUCGCAUACAAAGAUUUUGACGAAUCCGACGUUUUUGAACAUCCUGAUGACGACCCGGCAACCGUCAACCUCGAGUGGCUUGCCUCGGGGUUGAUUUUCAUCGGUUUCUUUGGCAUUCGUGACCCUCUUCGCCUGGAAGUUAUCGAUUCGGUAAAGAAGUGCCAGGAUGCUGGGGUUUUUGUUCGCAUGGUUACUGGCGACAAUUUCCUGACUGCCAAAGCUGUCGCUGCCGAAUGCGGGAUCUAUUCUGGGGGAGGUAUCGCGAUGGAUGGGCCAACAUUCCGGAAACUCUCUGAGACUCAACUGGACGAAGUGAUCCCGCGUCUUCAAGUUUUGGCCAGAUCGAGCCCAGAAGAUAAGCUUCUCCUAGUCAAUCGUCUGCGCGCAAUGAAAGAGACCGUAGCAGUCACUGGAGACGGCACCAAUGACGCCCUUGCCCUCAAAGCUGCAGAUGUUGGUUUUGCAAUGGGUAUCCAAGGUACCGAGGUUGCCAAGGAGGCGGCAUCUAUUAUCUUGCUUGAUGACAACUUUGCCUCCAUUGUGAAAUCGUUGAGCUGGGGCCGAACCAUUAAUGAUGCCGUCAAAAAGUUUUGUCAAUUUCAAUUCACUAUUAAUAUCACAGCCGGUAUUCUGACAAUCAUUUCGAAGCUUGUCGGCGACUCUAUCUUUACAGUCGUGCAGUUGCUCUGGAUCAACUUGAUCAUGGAUAUUUUCGCUUCGUUGGGUCUCGCCACUGACCAUCCAUCCCCCGAUUUCCUCAAGCGCAAACCGGAACCGCGAAAUGCCCCGAUCAUUACCAUUACAAUGUGGAAAAUGAUUCUAGGUCAAGCCAUAUACCAGCUUGCAGUUGUUUUUACUGUCCAUUACGCAGCAUUGGAUAUUUUUGAUCCGCACACAGAAUCUGAGUUCGAAAAAUUACAGACCUUGGUGUUUAAUAUUUACGUUUGGAUGCAAUUCUUCAACCAGCAUAAUUGUCGACGGGUGGACAACAAGUUGGAUAUCUGGUAUCAAGGAGUACUACGCAACCCUUGGUUUAUUGGUGUUCAAGUUCUCACUCUUGUUGGCCAAUUUGUCAUCAUCUUCAAAGGUGGAGAGGCCUUUGAUACGGUUCCUCUAACUGGAGCUCAGUGGGGAUGGAGUAUGCUGUUUGGUAUCCUUACCAUUCCCCUUGGGGCCUUGAUUCGUCAGGUGCCAGACAGAUAUGUUGCCUCCUUUUUCCAGCAAGUUGGUCGCUUCCUUAGAUGGUUCACCAAGCCAUUCAAAGGUUGGUGCGCGUGUCUCUCUAUUUUGCAUAUUCGUAGUCGCCAAAGAGUAGACGAAGAGUCGCAAGAGAUGACAACCACCAGCAAAAGCAGUGGGAAUGGCCCGGGAGACAUUGCAGCCUCCAAACGGCCCAUCAGCGGAUCAACACGAAGCGAGGUAUCAGCUCAUAGACGGGAGGCGUCCGGGGCAAUAACUGAAGAUGCAAGCCAGGGUGAUAGGGAGGCUUUGGAUCUGCAAUUGUUGAUUGAUGCUGCUCGAUCAGGUCGUUUCAUUGGGAAGAAUAUCUUGGAACUCCAUCCAAAGACCCUGAAGGAUGACCCGAUUCUCCGGCAACGAAGCAAUCUCAAUGUGCCGCCUAGCCAGGACCUUGCAAUCAUGCAGUUCAUGAGCAUAACAGAUCAGGAAGAGGAACCUCCUGUGCGGCGGAGGAGACAACCCGCACGAGCAGUUUGGGUUGAGCCUACUAGGCCCACGCCAACAACUACUGUGCCGCAAAAAUCUGGAUUGACAUGGGAGAGCUUUCUGCGCUCCAAACGUAGAUGA